UUCGGUUGAAGCACCCGUUUGAUUCGUGUCCUAUCCGGUCGGCGCCAGCAAGCAAAAAAUGCCACCUGUCACAAAAUUCUUAUCAAGCAUUAGCGUGAAGAGGAGACUAUAACAUUAGUUUUUAAUUACAUUUUCUAAAAUGAUAAUGGAGCCUGGUCUCGUGUCCCAAUACAUCCACAUCGCCCUUGUCGUUGCAACUUACUGGAUCGUUUCCAUUUUAACUGUUUUCGUUAAUAAGGCUCUCCUCUCUGGUGACGAAGUCAAUUUAGAUGCGCCACUAUUUGUUACUUGGUUUCAAUGCGUAGUCAGUGCAUUAAUUUGCACCACUUGGAGCAGGCUAUCCAAAUUAUUUCCUCAUAGGAUCAGUUUUCCCGAAGGACAUCCUUACUGCAUGGAUGUUGUGAAGAAGGUCCUGCCGUUAUCAGUGCUAUUCACCUUUAUGAUAGCCAGUAACAAUCUGUGCCUGAAAUAUGUUGGCGUAGCAUUCUACUACGUAGGGCGAUCAUUGACUACAGUGUUCAAUGUCAUUCUAUCCUAUUCAAUACUAGGACAGAAAACAUCUUUUGGGUGUAUAAUGUGCUGCGGCAUAAUCAUUGGAGGAUUCUGGCUCGGCGUCGAUCAAGAAAAUGUGGCAGGCUCCUUAUCAGUUAUUGGAACGAUAUUCGGUGUUCUUGGAUCUCUGUCACUAUCGCUUUAUUCAAUUUACACAAAAAGAGUGUUGCCACUAGUGAAUCAAGAAGUUUGGCUACUCUCGUACUACAAUAAUGUUUACAGUGUCUUCCUUUUCCUACCAUUAAUGCUAGUCAAUGGAGAAUUUAGUGUCGUUUUCAAUUACAGUAAAUUCUCUGAACCCUUUUUUUGGGCAGCAAUGGUUAUCGGAGGCCUUUGUGGCUUUGCUAUUGGCUCUGUUACUGUCCUACAAAUAAAAGUUACUUCACCAUUGACACACAAUAUCAGUGGGACGGCAAAGGCUUGCGCGCAAACAGUGAUGGCCACUUAUUGGUUCAACGAACAUAAACCGUUAUUGUGGUGGUUGAGUAAUUUUAUUGUGUUAGGCGGCAGUGCCGGCUAUGCUAGAAUAAAGCAACUCGACAUGGAAAACGCUCAUCAUUCGCAGAAAUAUACCCAACUGAAGGCGUAAAGCUGCGUUUCUAUUUCAUGUAUAAUAGAAUUACUGUUUGGCUCGUAUAGAUUUUUUCACUUAUGAUUUAUCUUUAACACGAUUCUGGUACAGUCAAUUUUAUGCAUGAGACCAGUGUGCAGAAAAUAUUCCGAUAUGAACGUGAUUGAAUAUACGAAA